AUGUCAACACAGCACCACAACCCUGGAGCGUCCACACCACCGCGCCGCACCGUGCACGCCGCCACGCUCUGCACCACACCCAUGGAACACAACACACCACAACACACCACCGCGCCGCACCGUGCACGCCGCCACGCUCUGCGCCACACCCAUGGAACACAACACACCACAACACACCACCGCGCCGCACCGUGCACGCCGCCACGCUCUGCGCCACACCCAUGGAACACAACACACCACAACACACCACCGCGCCGCACCGUGCACGCCGCCACGCUCUGCGCCACACCCAUGGAACACAACACACCGCUGCGCCACACGCAUGGAACACACUGCCAGCAAAUAUCAAGUCGCAUGUUAAUAACAAUAGUCACUUUAAGUUAA